AUGGCGUCAAGGUCGAAAAUAGUAGAGCACAUCAGCCUGGCGAUCAACAUCAAGACGUCGGGCAGGCCAGGCUGGGGAGCACUCGACACGGCCUGCGGUUUCAACAUGAUGGGGCUGGACACCUACGCGAAGUGGGAGGUGCACUACAAGAAUGAGCACGGCAUCACGCUGCAGACGAUCCCGUACCACAAGAAGUACAGGUUCGGCAAUGACCAGAUCUGCGCGGCGACGGACGGGGGGGUCAUCCCGAUCAUGCUGGGCGACUUCGUCGGUAUCAUUUUUCCCGGAAAGGGCAUAGGCCCAGGGUUCUCUUUUAGUAGGUAA